GAGAGAGAUCAAGAUUAAACAAAAGAUACUGUUUAAAUUUUCACGCGUUUGCGAACUAAAAAAAGCGGGCAGACGGGCACGGGAGUGCCCGUCUGAACGCUAGUAAAUAUAAAGAGCAUUUCCAUGUGAUAGGGUUUCACCGCCAAUUUGCAAAGCUCCGAUGAAUUUCAAAAAGUCUCUGAUGUCGCGCGCAGUUCUCCCGGACGACCUCAUUUCCCGAAUCCUAUCAUUCCUUCCGGUGAAAUCUCUUCUGCAACUCAGGUGCGUCUGCAAGUCAUGGAAAACCCUAAUUUCCCAACCCACUUUCAUCAAACUACACCUUCAUCAAUCCGCAAAACCCCCCCAAAUCGCACUAAUAUCAUUCUCAUUCAACGGUUUCAAAAUCUUACCAUACCCGAUACAUCGAUUAGUCGACAACACCUCCUCCAUCACCCUCCCUCACAAAAUUCCCUUCCUAUUGGGUUACAUUGGAAACUAUCGUCUUGUUGGUUCUUCCAACGGAUUACUCUGCAUACUGGUAAAAUUUUCCUGUGAUAGUUUUGAUGAGAUUGUUCUUUAUUUAUUGAACCCGGCAACCAGGAAAUUAUCUAACAAAAUAGUUUUUCUUCAUGAGUCUCACCCUAAGUUGUACAAAGAUCCAUUUAGAUCAUGGAAAUUCUCGUUUGGAUAUGAUAAUUCAACUGACACAUAUAAGAUUGUUGCAUCGAGUGAAAUGGGAAGAGAGGUGAAACUUUUUACUUCCGGCGGUGAUCAUGUUUGGAGAAACAUUGAAAGUUUACCUUUGGUUCCUCGCGAGUAUGGUGUAUAUAGUGAACUGGGUGUUAGUAACAGUGUUCAUGUUAGUGGCAGUCUUAAUUGGCUGGCAAUUCGAAAUGAGUCUCGUUAUGAUUUAUAUGAUUGCAGAGUUAUUCCAAUUGACCAAUUUGUGAUUGUUUCACUUGAUUUGAAGACGGAGACAUAUCGUCAGUUGCGAAUCCUUCGUGGUUUUGAUGAAGCACCACUGCUUGAGCCAAUUCUUGUUGUGUUGAUGGAUUGUCUUUGUUUUUGUCAUGAUUUCCAUGGAACUGAUAUGGUUAUUUGGAAGAUGAAGAAAUUUGGAGUUGAAGAGUCUUGGACUCGGUUUAUCAAAGUUAGUUACCAAAGUUUUUCAUACGAUUUUCCAAAAUUGAUCUUGUUCCCGUUGUGCCUUUCUCCGAAUGGCGAGACAUUGGUUUUGGGAUGGAAUGGUGGAGAUAAGCAAGCCAUUCUUUAUAAUUUGAGAGAUGAUAGAGCUGAGAAAACUGCAAUUACCAAUAAAGUUCAGUGGAUUAGUUCCACAGCUUAUGUUGAAAGCUUGGUUUCAACAUGUUGAAAGUCUGAAGUCUUAUGUUUUUUUAGAGAUUAUAAAUCAAGUGUGAAGAUUUUUUCAUGUCUGCUUUGAUGAUCUUUGUAACAAUAUCGACGAUCUGGAAGGUGAAAAUUGAGGGAAAACCAUAGCAUUGUGUAUUGCAUUGUCUACAAUAUGGAUGAGUUGCGUAUGGCUACACCAAACAAUUAUGAGUUGCAUUUUCUAUUUACAAAAUAAUCUUUGGCUUGCUGGGAUUAUGGUAUGAUCAUUCGGCUUUUAGAAUCUUCUUCCUCCAUUGUUUUAAACUUUACUUUUGAAAAUUUUAAAUGCUUAGUAAUAUGCCAUUGUUAAUGUCUCUGUCCAAUGAUAUUUUGCCCUUGAACAAAUCUGUGUAGUAUUUAGAAAAUACAAUUUAUUUGUCUUGCAGCUUCGGUUACACACCAUUCCCUUUCCUUUAAGUACAAUGUCAAUCAAGUGUUAUUCCAGGAAGUGAGCUUGACUAGUUGAAUUAAAAUACCCCAUAAUAUUUUAUCUAAGAUCAUAUAUGAUAUAUCUAUCCAAUUUGUUUAUCUAAGAGAUUUUUUUAAUAGUUUUUUUUUGUCUUCCUUUACUUCUAGUUAUUUGAGUUCUUUCUAUCUCAUCAACUUUCCUUACAAUACAAUCUAUAUGUUUUCUUUUUACAUGUCAAAUCAUUUGAGUAUAUUUUUUACAUCUUUUUUGUUAUAGGUGUUAGUCCAACACCCUCUAAUAUUGUACUAGCAUGAUUUAUAAAUCAGAAAAAAAAAAAAAAAAAACAACUUUCACGCUUAUUAACAAAGGUAGUUAAAUGUAUUUAAUUUUCUUGAUUUCAUGUAAGAGAAAUAACACUAUUACGUAUGUACGCUUAAUUAAAUUGUUAACCUAUCACAAUAGUAAGUAAUUAAUGUAGGGAUAGUUUUGGAAUAAAAACAUUAAAUGUGUCUAGUUUUAUCACACAAUAAACACAACGCCAUCAUCUCUACCACACAUACUUUAUUCUUGUGUUGGUUCUUAAUUUCUCAGCAUUCUGUCAAAUACAACAUCGCAUGUUUUAGCAUUCUCUGAUAAAAUUUUCACUUCUGCUUGAACAAUACUUUGUGGCACAUAAAACAUUUGAGGUCCUCCUCCAUGCUGAACAUCCAACUUGAAUUUGAUGGUUUACACCCCCUUCUAUUUUUCCAUCGUUAUGUAUUAUGGACCCAAGAAAUUUGAGUCUUGUAACUUGUAGUAUGAGUAUGAUAUGGUCCUCAACUUUCACCUUUUAAGUUAUAAAUAUUUUUCCUUUUGCUAAACUAACAUUUCAUAUACUCUGUCAUAAUUCUCCUUAAGCAAAAAUCAUGCGUUUUAAAGGUUUGUCUUCAACCUCUCAUUUAAAUCCUCUUUCGAUUAAUUAAAUAUGACUAUCAUAUGCAAACAACAUAUAUCUCAGUACUAGCUUUUGGAUGUGUUUUGUGAGUACAUAUAAAAUUAAAGUAAAAAGGUAAGGGCUUUAAUAUUGCAAUGUGAAAAUCGUUUGUCUCUUCGCCUUAUGUCUGCACACUAGUCGAUACCCCACAUACAUAUUUUCGAUAAAUCGAAUUUCUGCCUUUUGUCUGCACAUUAUUUGAUACCCUAUCAUACAUAUCUUGGAUAAAUCGAAUAUAGGCAAUCCUAACUCGUUUCUUCUCUAGACAUUCCACAGUCUUUCUAGUCACUAUAUCAUAUGUCUUCUCCAAGUAAAUGAAAAUUAAGUGUAACUUUUGUCGGUACAUUCGAUACUGCUUCAUCACAUGUCGUAAUAGAUAAAUUGCUUCUUUGGUCGACUUCUCAAACAUAAAACCAAAGUAAUUAUCAGUAACUUGAUUCUUUCUCCUUAGUCCCUAUUAAAUCAUUUUUUUCUAUAA